CUCUCAAUUAAGUCAAAUCUGUUAAUUUAUCUUCAAUUCGCUAUCCACCAAACGGCUCAUUGCAAACCCUAAUCCUGAAACCAAUAAAUUGUUCACGUUGGCGGCACAUCCUGAAAUUCGCCGGCCGAUCGACUGACUCCGAUGUUGACACCUAUAAUUAAGCGUCUCAGCAAAGUAUGGGAACCAAAAACCUCCUCUUGUUUUACGCCCCGGCGCCGAGUAGAUGAUUUCUCCUCCGUCAACGUCGACGUCCUAAUUCGUUACCGCCGCGAGUUAGUCGCCAUUGGGCCGUCGGUGGUGGCAAUGACCAAACUACUGAACGCCGUCGUGAGGAAGAAGCACUACUCGGAUGCCCUCUUGUUGUUCGACGAAAAUGCGGCUUAGGAAUGUCCCCGUGGACGAGUACACCAUGAACAUCGCCAUCCGCUGCUAUUGCCUGCUGAGCCGGCCGGAGUUGGGGCUCGCCGUCUUGGGCAGCUUCUUCAAGCUGGGCCUGAAGCCGAGCCUGGUCACCUUCAACACUCUCCUCAGGGGACUCUUUUCCAACGAGGCCGAGGAGCUGCUGUCCAAUUCCCUGACUCUGAAAAUGUUUGAGCCCAACGAGGUCACGGCCAUCACUGUGGCCGAGGGGCUCUCCGGGACCCGAGCCGCAGCCUCCCUUGAUUUGCUCGAGAAAACGGGUGGUCUCAAGCCUAACGGUUUUGCUUAUUCUGCAGUGGUCGCCCGUCUGAUGAAAGAUGGAAUGGCCGACGAUGCCCUCCAAGUCCUGUUUAAAGUAACCGAAAAGGGGUUUCGGCAACUGCCGUCGUUAUGCUUCCAUGUUUCGAACGCUGUGUGAUGCCGGCCGGUGGAGAGACGUUAAAACCUUGAUCCGAAAAAUGGCGGAUCACAAUAUAUGUUUCGAUGGGACCUCGUGCAGCGUGUUGAUGGCUGCUUUCAGCCAGAAAGGAAUGGUGGAGGAGGCCGAGGGCGUAUUGGAAAUCAUGGCCCAGAUAAACGAUGCGUGUUUGCUGGACCAUAUGGAUAAGAUUUUGCCAUGUGAAAUAGAAGUUGGUGUGAUAAUAUCAGGAGCAUGCUUCGCCCAACCAUUGAUGGAAAUCACAGUGAUUGUAUUAAUACAAGGGGCGUUGAAGGAGGAGAUGCUUUCCAGCUGGAUAGGAACUAGCUCUGAUCCUAAAGAGGCGAAUAACUAUUUGAGUAGGAAAUCACACCUUUUGAACCACGUUGAGAUCGAUUUUGCACUAUGUGGUCGAAUGCCUGAUAGACGGUGGAUGAAUAACUCAGCUGGACUUGCUUUUACGCCGCAUGUCCCGCGAGUUGCUGAUGGAGAGGAUUCUGUUAAACUCUACAACAGGAGUAGAUCCAACACUCAACAACAUUUUCUGAACAUAUUCACUGAAUCGCCAUACACAGAGUUUAACAGAAUCCUGAGCGAUUUGGUGAGAGUGAAAGAUAUUUCUGUAGUUGUGAAGCUAGUGAAUGAAAUGUGUGUUGAUGGUAUUCCUGUGGACGAAUUCACUAUGACAAUAGCAAUCAAUUGCUAUUGCUUGAGUGGUAGGGUGCCGAAGGAGGAUCUUUUCAUGGUCGGGCAAGUCGGCAUGGCUCAGGAGCUGUAUAAGGGGAUACUGAAAACGAGGAUAUGCAAUCCUGAUGACAUAUUCGAGAAUUCUGGGCACAACCCCGACAUCUACACCUACAGUGCCCUCAUCAACGACUUUGUCCAGGAAGCUCGAAUAGAUGAGGCACACGAGGUGAUGGUCCAGAUGUUGGCCAAAGGGGUCCACCCGGACGUCGUCACGUACACAUCCAUUUUGCAGGGGUUGAGUGACGUUGGUCGAUGGAAGGAUGUGAGGGCUUUGUUGGCGAGCAUGAGGGAUAGGAAAGUGGAGGAGAGUUCGGGAAUCUUGAGGCCCAACACCAUCUUAUACAAUAUGAUGGUUGGUUCCCUUUGCUGUGCCCACGUUGAGGAGGCAAGCCGUAUGAUGAAGAAGAUGGAGACGGACGGUUGUGCGCCAGACGACGCAACUUAUAAUGUUGCGCUGCAAGGUUUGCUGCUCGAGGCAAGGAAUUGGGAUUCGUGCCCAAUGUUGCUACUUGUGAGGGGAGAAGGGUUUAGAGAGAAGAUUAAAGGGGAGGAGGAGAUUUGGAGAGACGCUAACACGGGCGGCCAGUUCUUGGAGUUUGAUGACGGCGAUGAUGAUGUCAUUGGUGGUCAUCAUGGGUUCUUGAAGGAGAUUAGCGAUGUGGAUCAGUUUCCAUUUAUAGAAGGUUUUGUGGAUAUCGUUGGAUUUGGAGAUUAA